GAUUAUUAACUUCUUAUUUUGGUUAUACUUGGUUAACUAAGCCUAGUGAACAACAACCAAAUUAUCCUUAUGUGGCUUUUCAAAGUGAAUAUAACCAGGGCUUGUUGGUAGAUGGUUUAGCAUUUAGUAGUAGUGAUUUUGUAGUUUCAGACACAGGAGAAGUGCUUUUUUGGGAUAAAGACCAACUAUCUUGUAAUUAUGAAACUAUUCCAUUAGGGGAAGCCAAAAAUAAAAGAAAACAAAAAAUGGGUAAUAGAAUUUAUUUAAUAGUUGAAAGUUUUGAGAUUUUCCGUCCCUUAGAGGCUACUGAUUUACCACCUUUUUUUGCUGAUAGGCAAGGAUUAACGGAGGAAGAAAGAGAUAUCAUAAAUAGUUUAGAAAGGAUUUUUGGAAUUAGAAUUACUGAGAAUGAAUGA